AUGUACAGUAGUGGGACUGACGGAUUGUGCGCAUUGAUACCAGAUGGUGAUCUUACACACGAAGAGGUCUUACAACGGAAGAGGAAGAUUGCCACAAAAUUGAAAGUACUUACUGCAAUCAGGCACAGGAAUGAAGGAAUUGGACAGAAAGCUGGCUCCCAUCUGAUUCCAGAAGCGGCAACACCUUUUGCCAGGGUAAUCCAUGAGUUCAAUUGCAAGCUCAUGGGUGUUCCGUGCAAAGCAAGGGGAUCUUCCAAUUUGGCAUCUGCAGGGCUCAAAAAGCUGCCUGACCCUCCGUCCAACAAGGAGCGCAACAAUUGGCUGAAUCAAAGACAAGCUUGA